UCUUCCCGGGCUGGAGGGCUCCGGUGCUCAUUGCGCUCUUGAUUUUUCUACCGUUAGCCGCCAUGCCCUGCUCGGAAGACGCGGCCGUUGGCUCGGUCAGCAAGCGGGCUCGGGCCGAGGAUGGCUCUUCUCUGCGCUUCGUGCGCCUCUCCGAGCACGCAACGGCUCCCACCCGCGGGUCCGCGCGCGCUGCGGGCUACGACCUGUACAGUGCCUACGAUUAUACAAUAGCACCCAUGGAGAAAGCUGUUGUGAAAACAGACAUUCAGAUCGCUAUUCCUUCUGGGUGCUAUGGAAGAGUAGCUCCACGGUCUGGCUUGGCAGUAAAGCACUUCAUAGAUGUAGGAGCCGGUGUCAUAGACGAAGAUUAUAGAGGAAAUGUUGGUGUUGUGCUGUUUAACUUUGGAAAAGAGAAGUUUGAAGUAAAAAAAGGUGAUCGGAUUGCACAGCUCAUUUGUGAACAGAUUUUUUAUCCAGACUUAGAAGAAGUUGAAACACUGGAUGACACUGAAAGAGGCUCAGGAGGUUUCGGCUCCACUGGAAAGAACUGAAAAUUUGCUAAAGUGCUUUGCUGUGUCAACGCUCUAAAGAAGAGCUUUAGUUCUGGUAGCACGUGCCAUGUCCCUAGGAUGCAGGAAAGGGGACGACCUGUUACGUCCCAUGGGAACUUCUCUCUUCUGCAUCUGCUGGUCGCCUGUAAGUCUGCACUGUGACGGUGGCACUGAGAGGCAGGCUUGAUGAAACCAAGUAUGCAGUUGGGUUUUUUUAUUGUAUUAUUUAAAUUCUAGUCCUAUAUAGCUACUGGUUUUGCUCUAAUUGCUUUAUUGAUUGUAAGUUUGUUGUUUGUCUGCUUGUUUUUUAAUUCAAUAAAGUUGAAGUCUUUAGCAGAA